AUGGACGAACAAAACAUGCCGAUUUUCGUCCAAGAACAAAUAAUGAAACUUACUACAUUUGGUGGUGCUCGUGAUGAAGAUGUUCUACACUGGUUACAAGAUACUGAAUGUAUAUUUGAUAGCGUACAAUUACGACCGUCGAAUAAAUAUAUAGCCGUACAAUCGUAUUUAGUUGGCGCUGCUGCAAAAUGGUUUCGUUUUAACAAGAUGAAUAUUCCUGAUUGGUCUUCAUUUAAGAUUGCUAUUGCUCAAGCUUAUCAACCCUCAUUUAAUCGAACAUUAUCAGU